AUGACAAUCAAAAAUGUCCACGAUCAGGGACAGCGGCAUCGACCACGGGUGGCAUGCCUGAAGAAGGUGGAAGCCCUGGUUUUGGAAAUGCAGGACCCAACAACAGGAGUGAAGUCUCAGACUCAAAGGCUUGUCAUCACCACAAUACCUCAUGCUCUCACGGGUGAAGACGUUGCUGCAUGGAUCGCCAAACGCUUUAAUAUAGAAAUCCCUGAGGCUUGCGCCAUUGGCACCAAGUUGGUGGCAUUUGGCUUCAUCUACCCUCUACGGGGCCACAAACGACUUGUUCUCAAACCAGAUGCCUCUCUCUACCGAUUUCAGACUCCAUAUUUCUGGCCUGUCCAGCAGUGGGAUGUUGAGGACACAGACUACGCAAUCUACUUGGCAAAAAGAAAUAUUCGGAAGAAAGGAGUUCUUGAUCUGUAUGAACAGGAGCAAUAUAACAACCUCCACAAAUGGCUGAACCACAAGUGGGAUUUCAUUGUUAUGCAGGCCAAAGAACAGUACAGGGCGGGGAAAGAGAGGAAGAAGCCAGAUCGGGUGGUGUUUGACUGCCAGGAAAGAGCCUACUGGGUUGUACACAGGCCACCACCAGGCACAGUCAGUGCCAUGGACCUUGGAUUACUACGUCUCGUUGACCCCAACCAAGAGGAGGCAAAGACUCCAGACUUCUUCAGAAGAAUUAUUAUUUUCACAGAACAGUGCAUCAUGAGACCGAGGGUGAAGUCAUCUGUGUCUCUUGGAGCCAUUGUCAAAUAUAUGACGACCUUCAAGUCGCACGACCCCUUUUUCGCCCCGGUCCUUCCCAGCAACCCAUGGCUAACUGAUGAUCCCACCUACUGGCAACUCAACAUGUUUUAUGUGGACCACCCCACUAGAAUGAGAGUGGAGCGUUGGACCUUCAGCUUUGGAGAGCUGCUGAGUGAUCCUCUGGGUCGGGAUGGUUUCCGCCUCUUCUUGAAGAAGGAAUUCAGCAGUGAGAAUCUGGCUUUCUGGGAGGCCUGUGAGGACGUGAAGUGGGGCACAGCUGCAACAAUCCAUGAAAAAGCCCAGCAGAUCUACAAGACAUUUUUGGCCCGUGGUGCGCCUCGUUGGAUCAACAUCGACGGGAAGACCAUGGAGGUCACCGUGAGGGGUCUGAAACAUCCUCACCGCUUCGUGCUGGACGCCGCCCAAACACACAUCUACAUGCUGAUGAAAAAGGAUAAGUAUGGCCGAUACAUCAAAUCACCGGUGUACAAUGACAUCAAGUCCAAAGCCAUCGACCCAGGGCCACACAGUUUCACUCCGUCCCAGCUGGAGCAGAACGCUCGGAAGCGCGCCCCGAGCCUGAGCCCCAUCAUCGUCCGUCAGCAGGAGGAGGAGCAGAUCGCCAAGCUGGCGGCCAGUGGCCCUGUGGACAUGACACAGGUCAUGAGCAAGCUGCAGAAGAAAAAAUAAACCCAGCCCCCACCCCACCCGCGUUUGGCUUACGAUGCCGCUGUAGGGCAGAGCCAGUGGUUGAGUUGUUGCU